AUGGCUCACAGAGCUCUUUUUAUCCUUCUGCUCGUUUGUCCUGCUGUUUUAGCCCGGUUCUUUUUUAGCAGUAGGCCCAGCUGUUACCAGCCGGUUCCCAGAAAGCCUGACUUUGGGGUGAAAACCGCGGCCCGUCCCCAUGAACUCCUGAACCUGGCUCAGCUGCCGGAGUCCUGGGACUGGAGGAAUGUCAACGGAGUCAACUACGCCAGUCCGACUCGAAACCAGCACAUUCCUCAGUACUGCGGCUCCUGCUGGGCUCACGGCUCCACCAGUUCAAUGGCAGAUCGCAUCAACGUCAAGCGGCGAGCGGCCUGGCCGUCCGCCUACCUGUCCGUCCAGCACGUGCUGGACUGCGCCGGCGCCGGCGGCUGCCACGGCGGAGACCAGGGAGCGGUCUGGGAGUACGCCCACAAGCACGGCAUCCCCGACGAGACCUGCAACAACUACCAGGCCAUUGACCAGAAAUGCCAGCCGUUCAACGCCUGCGGGACGUGCACCACCUUCGGGAAGUGCGACAGUCUGCAGAACUACACGCUGUGGAAAGUAACCGACUUCGGCGCGAUUGCGGGACGGGACAACAUGAUGGCGGAGAUCUACUCCAGAGGUCCCGUCAGCUGUGGCAUCAUGGCCACGGACCGGCUGGACCGCUACAGCGGCGGUCUGUACUGGGAGUACGCUGAACAAAUCAACAUCAACCACGUCGUGUCCGUCGUCGGGUGGGGCGUGGAAAACGGCACCGAGUACUGGAUCGUCCGGAACUCCUGGGGAGAGCCGUGGGGUGAGAAGGGCUGGCUCAGGAUCGUGACAAGCGCCUUCAAAUCAGGGACUGGAAGUAAGUUCAACCUGGGCCUGGAGGACGACUGCAUGUACGGAGACGUGAUGGUGCCUUCAGCGUACCUGUGAUGGAGAGACGG